CCGGGCCUCCUGGCCCCUGUCCUCCCUGGGGUCGGGGAGCCCCUGCCUUGGGUGCUGAGCGACGAGUGUUAACUGUCUCUCCCUCUGAGACACAGAACCAAAUCUACCCUCACUCCACCAGGCGCCACAGGGCUGAGGUGCAGGUCGGAACAGUCCUAGGAGGGGAGGGCCUCAGUUCUAGAUUUGGGAGGUUGUCUAGGGACCUGGGGGACUGCUCUCAGGUUCUACGUCAGGACUCUGGGAUUUCUCAGAGGUGAGGUCCUUAGUUCUAGGUCUGGGGUCUACAUGGGAGGGAGUAGUUGCUCUUAGGUUCUAGGUCUCUACCAUCCUGCAGAUUGGGGAUAUUGGAUUCUAAGUUCUAGUGCUAGGCCCUAGAGUUCUUCAGGGUUCUUGAAUUUUAGGACUAUUCUGAGCUAUGUGGGGUGGAUGGGUUCUAGGUCAGUGUUUCUGAGUUCUAGAGGAACUCUGCAGGUCCGGUUUCUAAGUGUUUGUAGUUGAGUUAGUUUCCCCCAGAUUCUGGGGACAACUCAUAGUUUCUGGGUCUAAGUUCUAGAUCCUGACAGGGACUGGAUAGAUAGGAGUGGUCUUGGUUCUAAGCCCCCUUUGGGAGCCUUUGGCAUCAUAGGGGGCAGACGGGCAUAGGAGAAGGAGCUGAGUUGGAAGCCACAGGACCUGGGUCAGCCUCUUGGCUCUCUGCUUUUUACCAGCUAACACACGGAGGGUCUGGACUCAGUGAUCUCUGAGGCUGUGCCUGCCUAGGGCUGGUGGGAGAUGGGGUCCUCGGUGUGAGUCCUCCACAGCUCUUCCCCUGCUCCCUGGCCCCUGCUCUAAGGGAGGACCUGUGCUUUGGGCCUCUGGCUGUGUCCCCCCUCAGCCCCUGGUCAUAGGAUGGAGGCUGAGAAAGGUACUCCAAAGGCAGUGCACAGCUUAAAGGUGAUGUACAGUGAGGCCGAUCGGGCCUGGAGCCGUGAGAUGGAGUACAUCAUGGCACAGGUGGGCUUCGGUGUGGGAUUGGGCGCCGUCUGGAGGUUUCUUUCUUUGUGCCACCAGAAUGGAGGCGAAACCUUCCUUCUACUCUAUGUGCUGCUGCUUUUCACCCUGGGCAUCCCCUUGGUGUUCAUGGAGAUGGCUUUGGGGCAGAAGGCGCCCUUCGGAGUCUGGACGCAGCUCCACCCCCGGUUGUGGGGCGUGGGCCUGGCCUGCAGCCCAGUAUGUUUCUUUUAUAACAUGUUCAUUGCGUGGAGUAUCUUCAGCCUCAGCAACUCCUUCCAGUACCCACUGCCCUGGAACCAGUGCCCAGUGUGGAAGAACACUAGCAUCCCUGAUCCCGAGUGUGCCCGCACCACGCCAUCCAUUUAUUUCUGGUACUCGCAGACCGUGGAAGUCACAAGCAGCGUGGAGAAGAGCGGGGGCAUCGUCUCGAGCCUCUCCAUCUGCCUCUUGGUGGUUUGGAUCUUAAUCAUAUUCAUCUCAAUACGGGGCGUGAAGACAAAAGGGAAGAUGCUGUACUUCUCCAUGAUGAUCUCCUACGCCAUCCUGUCCUGCUUCCUCAUCCAAAGCUACCUGCUGCAAGGUUCCAUUUACGGGCUGCGUCGCUUGGUGACCACCAAGAUAAUCAGCCAUCGUCUCUCCGUCUCUCCGCUGCUGUGGAAGCAAGCGGGAACGCAGGUGUUCUACAACAUGGGCCUGGGCUUUGGCAACAGCAUCAUCUUGUCCUCGUAUGUAAAGAGUAAGAGCUGUGCCCAGGACGUGUUCAUCGUGGCAUUCUUCAACCUGGCCUUUUGUCUCAUGGCCGCUCAGGUGGUGUUCAAUGUGCUGGGUUUCCAGGCCACCCUCUACACCCGUGAUGGCUCAACCAGGAGCUCUUGGGAGCUGCUGCAGCUGAUCGAAGCGGGGAGGCUGCCCCGAGAGGCAAUUCCCCCCCGCGAGCUGUUGAAGAAGUCAGUCAAAGGGUACACCAUGUGGUUAAAUAAGCUUGACAGCGAUCUGAGGAAGAAGGUUCUGGAGCACGGGCCCAACUGCCACUUGGAGGAGCAGUUCAUGCAUAAGACCCCGGGCCUGGUCUUCAUGGCCUUCACUGAAGCAAUAACCAAGUUCCCAGGUUCUCCCUUCUGGUCUGUCGUCUUCUUCCUGACGCCAAUCCAGCUGGGGCUGAGCACUUCACUGGGGCUGCUGCAGGGUGUCCUGAUUCCGCUGCAGCACAGCGUCCCCCGCCUUCAAAAUUCCUCUUUGAUCAUCUCGGUGACCAUUGGCUGCCCGGGCUUCCUGUGUGGCCUCCCCUUCACUCAGUGCUCCGGUCUCUACUUCCUGACUGUGUCCGCUGAUUUUGCCAUCGGUCUGCCUCUGUGCAUCGUGGGCCUCCUGGAGAACGUUGGCAUGGCCUGGAUCUAUGGGGCUAAGAGAUUCAUAAAUGAAGCGUGGGCCACGCGGGGGUUCAGCGUCUCACUCGGGCAUGAGUACCUGCUGUGCUGCAUCGCCUUGCUGAUUUUACUGAUCCUUCUCAUGUGCAACCUGUGGGAGAUGAUUCUGGCAUAGCCCAUCUAUGGAGCCUGGGACAGCAGCACUGCCACAGAGUCGCCGCUUCCCUACCCGCUGUGGGCUGUGAUGCUGGGGAUUAGCCUCAUCUUGCUGUCCCUCCUGCCCAUCCUGAUGGGUCUGUUAAAGUGCCCAAAGGAGCCGGUCAUAUUGCCACAGCCUCAGGAUUCCUCUCCCCAGCUUCUGCUGACUUCCUCCCCGACCUUGUCCCUGACCUCGUCCCAGGAUCAGCAAGCAGCCUCCUCCAGGAAGACCUCAAGGCUUUCUGAGGCCCAGGCUGCAGAGGCCAAAGAGGAGGCCAGCGGGCCGGUGGGACAGCGCAGCCUCUUAGCCCCCUCAAAAUCCAUGGGAACAGCUGUUGGGCAUGCUAAGAGAAGGGACUCCAGGUCAGAAGCUCUGCCAGGCACUCCCUCCCCUUCCUCAUGGGGCUAGAGAAUCCUCACGAUGGUCACCAGCAGCCCCUACCUACACAAGAGCCUCUAUCCGACUAGGGGUCCUCUAGCCUCUUUCUCAAGCCCUCCAGUGAGUGGGUACCCCCAUCUACCUCUU